AGCUCACUCUCGUGCUUGUUCCCCCCUGCCCUCGCCUUUCUCCCUUGCUUCACCACCGUCCCAGCAUCACACACUCUCUUUCUCCUCUGCCCAGUAGAUCGCUCGCUCGUUAUUAUACUGUCGUCUUGUUUGUCUGUCCUCACAUUCGCUCAUCAACAACCCCUUAUUGAGUCGUCGUUGACCAUACUAUAAUUCGUGCGUGUUUGCUCCCUCGAGCUAGGGUCAGGUCACAGAAAAAAGGAGCUGCUCUCGCUUCCACCCCAUUCGCAACGCAACCAAGGACAAUUCAUUCAAUAUCGAUUCGGACCACGUUACGGCGGCUUCUUCUCAAUCGCAUAUGCUCCCAAAGAAUCUACCGGGAGCGUCAUUGUGAGGAUAUAUCGGCCGGAUACCGUCUUCGACAUGGAAUAGCUUGUUGAGAUACCCUGAGUCUGCUAUCUCUCGCUCUCGCUGCGCUCUUUGCCAGCUGCCGCUCAUUACAUUCAUUCGUUUGGACAUCUCAGACUACGAAUUCAACACGCCUCCUAAACGCGACCUCGUUCGCACUCGCUGAAGACGUCCUCACUACAGGCGUCGAUACCAUCGCUAUUCGCAAUCUACAAUCCUCAGGACUGAAAGGGAACCGCAGGUGUGCCUCUCAACGACCACUUUCCUCGGGCCUCCUUGAGCCGGAAUCCCACUUAAUGCAUUUCAUGCAUCUGCUGUAAACAUACCCAUGAUGGAGAGGCCUGCGAAGCGAUUGAAGAUUACAAAUCCAGACGUACGAAAUCCGCGGGAUACAGGCUCAAGAAUGACAGAAGGGCUCUUUACCUCCGAACUAGGCAUGCAAGGCGAUGAUACAGACCUCAAGGUUCAGCCCACUCGAACCAUCAGCUUGUCGGAUUUUCAAAGACAAAAUGUGUUCGGCAGCUAUGAGCACGCCCCGCGACCUAUGCUACCUCGCAGAAAUGCUGGAAUCUAUUUGCUCCCCAGAGCUCCUGAUGCCACUGUUACCGCAAGCGUUGUACAAGUCAAUGUGAACGACGGCACAAGUACCUCGAAAAUCACCGAAGUAACUGUAGCCACGACGGGUACAGUUGUUUCACUAUCAGAGGUCGGUACGCUAACUACCGCGGUUUCUUUGACUAUACCUGGAAUCUCAAACAGUACCAGCGUCAAGGGGAGCGCUACAGAUUCAUCACAGCAAACGAUCACAACUCCUCCAAUAACAUCGGGGGAUACAUCAACAAUUACCUCAUCCACAAGCAUUUCGAGUCCGUCUAACCCAGCAAACGGCACUAUAUCUUCUGACACGACGAGUACCGGAGAACGGACGGUCACGGUUACAGCCACUUCAACCUUCGAACUGUCGGUGAUCAAUGGAACCCUUAUCGCCACGGACUCGCGUUUCGAUGUAAACCCCACAAGCAGGACGAAUGUAGGAACUACUGGGAUCAGCAGCAGCAGCACUACGGUGACCUUUGUCUUUGGCGACCUCACCUCAACACCUACACCAUCGUCUGACAGCCUUACUUCAUCCGAUCCUUCUGAGUCCCUUGUCACUUCCUCUCUUUCCUUCACUAAUGGCUCGGGCGGCGGUGCUGCUGGCUCUCCGACAGCAACAACCGACUCAGCAGCUACCUCGAGUGCUGGGUCGGGUAGUGGCGGAGGCGGAGGUAGCAGUCUGACGCCAACGCAACAGCAAGUGGUGGGAGGGGUUGUUGGAGGUGUGGCUGGUAUUGCUCUGACGCUGGUCAUCAUGCUUUUUCUACUGCGCUGGUAUCGCCGUCGACUAAAGGCACGAGGUCAGCUUCCCGAACAAAUUGCCGCUCGCGAGCUAACGGGCGGUGGCGGCGGUGGCGGCGAGGCAUACCCCAUGUCUCAGCGAUCCUCGACGACGCCUCUCACAGCAGCUGUGGCUCACGGCCUGAAACGUCUCCGACCUCGCAGCAGUCAGACUCUCGGCACCACCGCCACGGGGACCACGGACAGCAGCGUACCAGAAUCGGAGCGGGGGUUUCAGCGUAUUGCGGGCCGGAAGAUCGCCCCUGUGCUGAGCAGCGGCGGUGACCCAUAUGGAGGAAACUUUGGUGCUUUUGAAAAGGACGCUGGUGUGGGACCCUCAGACAUGCCACGGAUCCCAGAAAGAGGCCUCUCCGGGGCUUCAUUCUAUCAAGACAACCGUGGCUUCUACGGGGGGAAAGGGACACCAACGCCACCACAGGUACCUUCAUCACCAACGACUAUCACCACGCCUGCUAAGACGGGAGACUCGUCGACACCUGCUGGAACCGCCUCAAGUGCCAGGGACUUUGCAGAGACGCCACGUGCGCCAUCAGUACUUAACAGCAGCCAGAUAUCUCUGAAUACGCCCAGCCGGCCUGAAGGGUUUGCAAUCAUGCGACCGAGUCCCGCUCGAACCCCAGUGACACUCAGCCCCGCUGCCAGCUCUAUCCGGUUACCAAUCCAGCAGCCCCCAAGCAUGGCUGAAGAUGCUCCUCCGCUGCCUCCGAUGCUGCGAGACGGAGUCGGCCGCAGCCUGGCUAGCCAGGACGGAAGCCGAGUGAGCAGGAGCAGCGGACGAAGUGCCGGGAGAUUUACGGAAAACAUGUGAUUCUGACAAUCAACAAUCUUAUGGCUGAUUCUGAUCGUCCCCGAUCUCUGGCAACAAUGUUUGAAUAUCUCUUGUUUUCUAGCGAGGAGUUUAGCGUGAUUGGUUGGACAUUUUGUGGUGCCAGGCACCAUUGUCACGGCGGGCCCGAAUUAUCAAGCUCGCAUUGGGCGUCUCAAGAUUGUGUUUUUGAUGUGAUACCCACCAGAUAUGUGUUCUUCAAGAAGUCAACUAGUAUGUGCAUAGGCUCGAGAUAUUUCAGUACGAUUAAGACGUUAUUGCCAGUCCAUGUUGCAUCAGCAACUUAUGUAUCUAUGUCACCCGCCCUAUUCUAGAGGGGGUUCAGUCUAAGAUGUCAAGUUUUGUCCAGCAUGCAUGAUCUAUGUA